AUGUCACGAGCAUUUGCCUGGCGCGGUUCCGGAUUAAGGGGCGAAAAUUUAGCCUUUAACAAAGAAUUCUUUGAGGAUGAAGACUUUGAUACCGAAGACUUGAUAGUCGAUGGACAAUUCAUAAUCAGAGCCGAGAAAAAGGAAGAAUUUCCUUAUCAUUCUGAAACCGAUUUAGAGAUAUUGCAAAGAGCCUGGUUGAACGAACAUUUUUCACCAGAGCUUUUACCGUAUGAGACAGCAUUCGAGAGGUUAGGUCACACCGUGGAAGAGCAAGCUGCCAAAGCUGAAUCCAUGGCACUAUCAAAAGAUACUUGUCCCAUUGGAAUGAUAUUAUUUAACGAUAAUGAGCGUAUAAAGUAUGUCAUGAAUCGAUACUUAAGAACAAGAUUGUUUAAGAUUGAGAAAUAUGCACCUUCGAUCCUUGAAAACUUAGAAUUGAAAACUAGAUUGUCUCCAUCCGAACUUGAAUUUGCAAAGAGGUAUAAUGAUUUGAUUAAACGAUACGAAAAUUCGUCAUUCUUGCAAAUGCUUCCACAAAAUUCUUUGGAGGUGUUAAAAUCAAUAGAUGAUGGUAUCGAAACAUCCUUUGUAGUUAACGAGCAGGUUAACCUUGAAAAGGUCAUAUUCUGUCGAGUCAAAGAAGACAUUGGAACUUAUUCAUUUCCUUCCAGUGCCGAAGAAGCUGAGAAUCUGGAGAAGGAUGAUGCUUAUUUGAUCAAGUAUAGCGAUAUAAAACCACUUUUGGAUAAAGGUUUUGUUGAACUGAUAUAA